AUGACAGCUGUGUUCAUAGUCUAUGUUUGUCUCCUAUGGUACACCACAAAUAAUAACCGGAGCGAAUUCCAAUCGCCGGUGAAGCCGGUUACGGAGAAAGGGUUGUCGGCCUCGGAGCUUGAGAAAUUGCCGAAAAUCACCGGGAAAGAGCUCGUGAUGGCGACUGAGUGUGCGGUCUGUCUGGACGAGAUCGAGGGGGAGCAACCUGCUCGGCUGGUUCCUGGUUGCAAUCACGGCUUCCAUCUGGAAUGUGCUGAUGCCUGGCUUUCUAAGCAUUCGGUUUGUCCGGUGUGUAGGGCCAAGCUUGAUCCUCAGUUUCUAAAUGCCUCUGAAAAUGAAAAUCCAUGCUAA